AUAUUUAUAUAUGUAUUGAUAUUGAGAUAAUUGUGUAUUUGCAGAAUGUUCUGAUUGGAAUGGAUCUUCCACCUUUAGAAAAUAAGCUGUUAUCUGUUCCCGAUGGUCAUAUUUCUGAUAACUCUACCGAUGACAUUUCGUUCUUCGAGGAUUACUAUGAGGAUGAGGGCUCCGAUACGUCGGAUGACUUCAUGGAAUGGGGCGUAUCGAUUGAUUCUGCUGGGGUCCACCCCAUUUAUUUUGCCAAGUGUUUGACAAAGGCUGCUAAUAUGGAAUAUUCUAAAAAGAUGGAUCAUCCCUCAAAUGGGGUUUCGAUUUUGGGAUGCCUGAGUCCUGCUUACGUUGAUGAAGAGUUGUAUCUAAGACGGCUAUUCAGUAUUGAAGAUUGUGACGGCUAUGACGAAAAUUGGAAAGAUGAAAACAUAAACUACAAUGCCUCAAUUUUCUACAGACUGGAAAUUAUGCGGAUAGAGCUGUUCUCUGUGUAUGGUGUUCAGUCAGCAAUAAAUUUGCAAGAUUUCAGAGACGCGGAGCCAGAUAUUCUUGUACACUCGAUUCCCGACAUCAUUGCACACUUUGGUGACCAUAUAAUGGACUCUAAUCUUGCUCUUAAAUCUUUAUGCAAAAAGAAUGGAUUUUAUGUUGAGCAAGCGAAUAUAAUCGGCGUUGAUAGUCUUGGCAUGGAUGUUAGGGUUUUCACUGGGCUUGAAGUCCGAACUCAUCGUUUUCCCUUCAAGAUUCGGGCAACAUCAGAAACAGCUGCAGAAAAACAGAUCCAACAGCUAUUGUUUCCCAGAGCAAGGCGCAAGCGGCUAAGCAGGACUCGAACCGCUGCAGCUUAGGGUUUAUGGGAGAUCAAAAUGCAUAUGUGAAAUGUUUUUUUUCUUUUUUAAAGUUGAUUUUUUAGGUUAAGUUUACUUGAAUAAAUCUUAGUUGAUAGCUUGACUUCUAGGUUGAUGUGGUAUGUUCUGAUUUCACUAUAGAAUAAUGCAAGUAAUUUAUAAUAAGAUUUUCAUCUGUGUUACUGUU